AUGACAACGACCUCCGAACCAGCGCCCUGCCAACAAACAGUUCAUUUUAUCAGCGAAUAUUUGAGCAAGCCUCCAAUUUUUCCAGUUCCAGCACUGAAGAUGAACCUCCUUGUGUUUAGCGCAGCUUUUACGAUGAUUGUGACAAUCCAUGGAGGUGAGUUAUUAACUACCGAAGGCUUUUGAAAGCACAUACGCAAGUCCAGAAGGUCCAGUACUUACAUGUACGAGGCAGUAUGCAUCUUUGGUGCAGUUUGGUGACGAAGUACCGGCUUUUAGGAUUCAAAUCUCAAAUCUCGAAGCCAUUAGAAUUUUACAAACUCAGAAACUCGCAUUUGCAAGAACAUUCGCCACUUAAGGUCUCAGUUACAACGCUUAGUUUUUAAUAUGCGCCGUGCACCCUUAAAGGAACAGUAUCCCGUUACUGCGCAUGCACCAAACUUUGAUUUUUGGACAGGAUGUCGCGAAAUCAAAAGAUGCGAGGAGAGUAAGAGAACCUUGAAAAAUCCCUUUGCAUCGCGCUUAGCCGGGUUCAAUACGACAAUUAAACUUCUCAGGAUUACAGAUCAGUGAUAUAUUGUUCCGGUUAAGUUUCGAUUUGGGCAAAAUCUGGAUUUUAUGGCGUUACUUUUAUUGCCGUUGGCCGGAGGACCAAAAGAUUGGAAGCACUUUGAUGCCGAUUGAAGGCUUAUUUCUUCUGCUAGCUUCCAUACAAGGUCAGAUAAUUGUGAAAGGGAAACGCAGAAAUAAAACAGCAACAAUAGAGACUGUAACUGGGAAAGAAACCAUUGAUACAUGGAUGUGACUGAGGAGAUCUUGUGGAGGGGAGCUUCGCGAAGAAGAAUGUUUUGCAACGAAGCGUUAGUAAACUUUUAAAUGAAUCUCCCUACGGCCCACAAAAUCGAACAAACAGGCGCUACAUGUUUAGAAUAACUAGUGCCCUGAAAUCAUAAUAUAAUUUUUAUUAACCUUUGUGAUGAUUCAUAGCGUUGAGAUUGCAUUUUGUCUUCAACGUUUGAGGCUAGAACGCGAGAAAUCAGGCAGAUAUUACCGGACUUAAUUGGCACAAUUGACCUCUGACACGAGUUUCAAAUUUGAAAAUACGUUUUUAAAGCGAGCGAAACGAGAUUUUCGGGUCGCGAGGCGGCCCAGCUAGCGAUAAAAUCGCGAUGAGUCUUCGAACCGCGAGCCAAAUAUUUAUAUAGGACGAAAGACUUCUUCGAUCGCGAAAGUCUAAAAUAUUACUUGAGAACAUGAACAACAAAGCCCCGUCGGCGGUGCGAUCCGGAAGGAAAUCUUGUCGAGUCAAUAUGACAGCUCCAUUGUCUUUUGAAGAAAAAACAGAUGACGCUCGCGCGUGCGCAUAAUCGGGACACUGUCCCUUUAAGUAAAUUGGUUCGGAUGUUGCUUUAGGCUCGUUUAGGUGAGUGGCGACAUGGAAUUUCCAGUUCAAUUAUUUUGUUAUAUUAUUACAUCAUACCUAAACGACUCCAAUCUAAAUUCCCAAUUUAUAGUUCUUUACUCCACUAUGACGUCUAGGAUUCAAACUCCAUGAAGUAGCUGUGUGAUUUAAAUAAAAUAAAUUUUAAGAAAAGCGAUUUAGCCUGUGCGAAAGCCGGUUGUAUGCAGCUGCAAAGGACCAGAGCAAAGAAAACUCACGUAUUGGAAGACUGGUUAGCUACUUUAGCUCGUCUAAAUGUGUUUUAAACAUUUGGUAUUAUGCAGUUAAGCCGUACCUGACCAGCCCUUGUUGUUGUCUCAUCGGAUCAGUCUUAUGUUGUACGCGAAACUGUGUUCGGUGAAGAGUGGUUUGGUUUCUUACUUCCUUGCGACUCAUUC